GAGUCAGUUGUGAAGAAAAUUGAGAAAAUCACAGAAAAUCGAUGAAAAAUAUUUAUUGCCAGCGAGUCUUGAGUAUUUGUAAUCUUAUUUAGGUGAGUUCUUGUUAAGAUUCACAACAUUAUCGUGGAUUGAGCUGUUUUACUACAACAUGGAUGAAAAAUUGGGCGAACAUGAAUUGCUUGAGAGAGUUUUUAUGCGUCUCGGAGUUGCUUCAACGGAUGAACAAUUGCAAGAGUUCACAAAGAAAUUCCUGACUCCAGUUCUUUUAAAGCUUGCAAGCCCCAAAGAAGAUGUGAAAAAGAAAGUUUUAGAGCUUCUCGCACAAAUAAAUCGUCUUUUGAAGAACCGUGAGUGUGUCCAACUACCGGUGGAGGGUUUAUUUUUGCAAUAUCAGGACCCAAAAUGCACUCAAUAUGUAAGAAAUUUCACUAUUCUUUAUCUUAAAAUGGGUUUUACACGUCUAAGUUCUGAUGAACAGCUUGCAUAUUUGCCUCAAUUACUAUCAAGCAUGGCUGGAAAAUCACAUCCACAGCAAAUAUGUUUGUUGCAGCUUGCCAUACCAGUAUUUGCAUUAUUCGUUGUGGGUGACAAACUGUCUGUGAUGAAGGAUGUACAUUCAGUUCUAAGCAAAGACAAAACCACUUUAGAUUUAUUUCUGAGUUUUGUUCUUGAUGUUUUAAUUAUGCCAUACAAUGCUAUGAAUAAUAUUGCGAUGGAUGAAGAAAAAAUAGUUCCACCAGGGUUGAGUAAAACUACCAUUCAUCAAGUCCUGUCAGCAGGUGUUACUUUAGAAAAUCUUGAACAUGUUAAACUUGGAUUACUGAAGUUUCUAUCAGCAGACUUGUUUGAUAUAACAUUAGUUCAGGUUCAUCUUGUGGUUUCUAUGGGUGAUACACGUCAUACUAUCUCAGACUAUGCAGAUCAUCAACUUAAAAGAAUGACAGAAGCAUCUGAUUGGGAACAUGCAAAUGUCAUGAACAAAUUGAUGACUAUUUUUCUUGGCAACAUAAAUGUACCAGGAAAAUCUGCAGUUCCUCCUGAUGAAUGUCGUGUUGCAGCAAGCACAGCUCUACAAUUAAAGAUUUUUCCAUUCCUUUUAAAAUCACGAAAAUGCACAAACAUUUUCCCAGCCUGUCUCCAAAUUGUAUUUCAUGUGAAUCAAGGUGAAAGUGGAAAUCAAGCUAAGAAGAAAUUGAAAAAGUUCAGAAUUCAGUUUAUACAUCAUUUAUGUGAAUUUAGUUCUGACAAAGUUAUCAAAAUUAUUUCUCCUUUAUUGCUCUCUACUCUUCUCAAGCUGAUUGCAAAUGAUGAUGAAUCAGAUAUAGAACGGAUAACCUUUUUGGCCAUUGGAAAGAUUGCUAAAAGAUCACCAGCAUUGUUUCAUGGGGAUACUACAGUCAUACAAAGUCUUUUUCAAGCUUUACACAGUAAAGACCCAGACACUGGACUUGAUAUUUUACAAGCUUUAAGCAUGAUUACAAAUGCUUGCAAAUCAGCACCACCAGCAACUCUAACUAUGAUAGAAGCUUUGGUGUUGGAUAAUGUUAACCAAGAGAAGCCACAAUGUCGACUUGCAGCUCUUCAGACAGCAAAUAUUCUUUUCCCAACUGAUCAUGUGAAGUCACGUUAUGCAUGUCUUUUGGCAUCUGCAGAUUCUAGAAACGACAUAAGAGAGGAAGCAAGCCGAGGCUUACUGUUUCAUCAGCAUAAAAAGAAUGAUGGUGAUGAUGGUCCUAGUUUACCAGAUUUUUGUCAAUUAAUCAACUUUAUCCAUCAAACACUUAAUGGUGGAAACGGUUACAAACAAAGCUAUGUUACUGUUGCUGGGACAUUGCCAUUCUCACCAGCGAUACUCAUUAACAUGUUGCAAUAUCUUCACCUCUGUUUGAAUGCUAGUGCUGGGGUUACCCAAGAAGAUGUUGAUAAUGACCUUUCCAUCAUACCAGUUUCAAAAUAUGUGCAAAAGAUACUAAAUGAACAAAAUACUGUUCUUUACUAUUAUCUUGCUUUCAUUCAAGAAUCAUUGAAGCCUGCUGGUAGCUAUGAACUACAUGCUGUUGCUCUGGGAAAUCUUUUGGAAGUUCUUGCCUCAGCGACCAAGCAGCUUGCACCAGAAUUAAAUGAAGAUGGGCUGCCAUGGAUCAAAAGGUUUCUUUGGUCUUCACACAAUGUCAUUAGAAAUACAUCAGCUCAAAUAUUCGCUCUUCUUAUUUGUCAGUCUGGACGUAAAAAUGUCCUUGAAGAAUUAACAAGCCUCCUGACAACUGUUAAUGAUCCUUCUGAAGCUGUUCGUCAUGGAACAAUCAACAGUAUUGGUCAUCUUAUUGGUCAAUAUCUUUGCAGCCAGAAUAUGGAAAAUUCAAUGGAAGUGGUAGAUUUGGAUGACUCAGAACUGUUUGAAUCCAAAAUUGAGAAAGCAAUUACAGAAACCUUUAAAGCAAUCAUCAGUUUUCUAGCCAGCCAGUCCACUUCAUUGGUACAUACAGCUUGUGAUGCAAUUGGUGAAGUUUGUAAGCAGAGUAGUAUGCCCUUACCUGACGGUGCCUUGACCAAACAAGAUGAUAACAGUUAUGAUAUUAGGUCACUGUUGCCUGAAGAAAUUGCUACAAAGGCUGAUAUUGUAAGACAACUCGCCUAUUUAAUGAAUAAUUCUAAAGAAACAAAACUUUGUGAAAAAGCUGCACUUGUUCUUGGAAUGACCUGUGUUGGAGAACAACAAUUUCCUCACACCAAGCAAGUUAUUGAAAUCCUCUUUGAUGCUUCCAAGAAACGUGAUAUUGACUUCCAAUUUACUGUUGGUGAAGCAUUAUCUUGUGCCGGUGCAGGCAAUCUGUCUACUGCCUCUCGAAGUAAGUGGGUUGUAAGCACUAGUCUGAUAAAAGAUAUUCCAGAAACCAAGGAGACAAUGGAAUGGAUGCUUGGGAAAAUUGUCCGAGAGUACUUCACCAGUGACGUUGCUCAUGUUCGGAAAGCCGCUUGUAUAUGGUUGCUAGUUCUGUUAAAACACUCAAGCAAACAUCCGGCUGUUCAAGAAAUGAUGACUGAUAUCCAGCGAGCAUUCUCCUCAAUGCUUUCAGAGAACGACGAGAUUGUUCAAGAAGUAUCCUCAAAAGGGCUUAGUUUAGUCUACGAGUUCGGUUCAGAAGAGUUUAGAAAAAAUAUUGUUUCUUCAUUGAUUGAUACAAUGCUCUUUAGUAAGAAGAAGGUUCAAAAUGUCACAGCAGAUACGAAGCUGUUUGAUAAAGCGAUGCCUCUGGGUGAUGCUGGGCAACUAUCAACUUAUAAAGAACUGUGUUCCUUGGCAAAUGACAUGAACCAACCUGAGCUUGUCUACAGAUUCCUGCAUCUGGCAAAUCAUAAUGCUUUGUGGAACUCAAAGAAAGGUGCGGCUUUUGGGUUUGCAUCGAUUGCUUCGCAAGCAAAGAAAGAAUUGGAACCACAUUUGAAGACCUUGGUGCCAAAAUUGUAUAGGUAUCAAUUUGAUCCAAACAGCAAAGUUCGUGAAGCAAUGCUAAGUAUUUGGCACGCAAUUGUGAAAGAUCAACAUAAAGUUGUCGAUCAGUUUAAAGACGAGAUCGUAGCCGAGUUACUGGCGAACUUGCACAACCCCACGUGGCGUAUUCGACAAUCUUGUUGUGUUGCUGUUGGUAAUUUUCUCAACGGUCGUUCAUUGGACACUGUCCUUGAGUACUUACCUCAGCUAUGGACGAUGUGUUUGAGAGAUAUGGACGAUAUCAAGGAAAGUGUGCGAAACGCAGCAGAAGUGGCGUGUAAGACAUUACAGUCUGCCUCCAUUCGUGCGUGUGAUCCUGAUCAAGGGAAGGUUGGCCAAGAAGCUGUUCGUGUUUUGCUGCCUGUGUUGCUGGAGCAAGGUCUUGCGAGCCGUGUCGAUGAAAUACGCAAGCUUGUCUUGCAUACUAUUGUCAAGAUCAGUAAGAACGCUGGAAGCCUUUUAAAACCACACAUUCCCAUUUUGGUUGUUAGUCUUUUAGAAUCCUUGAGCGGUUUAGAGCCACAGCAAUUGAACUACCUCAGCUUACAAAUCCAGAAGGAUCCAAACAUGCAGGAAAGACUUGAGGAUGCAAGAAUUUCUUUUUCAAGAUCUUCUCCAAUGAUGGAGACAGUUUCAUUGUGUGUUCAACAUGUGGACGCAACUGUCCUGGAACAUCUUGUUCCUCGCCUUGCAGAACUGUUACGUAGUGGUCUUGGGUUGGGGACUAAAGCAGGUUGCGCAAGUUUUGUUAUCUCUCUGGUCCAGCAAUGUGGGCAGGAAUUACAGCCUCAUGCUGGAAAACUACUGAGUGCCUUGUUAUCAGGACUCACUGACAAAAGUCGAGCUGUUUGCAAAAAGUAUGCGGAGGCGAUUGGCUCCCUGGUGAAAGUCGCAAAAGACAGCAGUGUCUCGAAGCUAUUUGGUAAAAUGAAAUCAUGGUAUUUUGAGAAAGAAAAUGAAUCCUUACAGAAUGCCUGUGGUAUGGUUUGUAAAGAGAUUUCAAGAUCCUCGCCUGAUGUUAUGGCGCAUCAUGCCGCGUCUAUCCUUCCUGUUGCUUUCGUUGCAAUGCAUCGUAAAGAUAAAGUUGGAGAGAACAAGUCACCAUGGGCUGAUAUCUGGUCUGAAAACACUCCAGUCUCAAAGAGAGGAAUUCAGCUUUACCUUCAAGAAAUUAUUCAUAUUUCCUCCACACUUCUUGCCGGCCAAUCCUGGGAACGUAAAGUUGAGGCUGCUGAUAGUAUUCAAACAGUAGUCACUACAUUACAUGAAGAUCUUCCAAAGAAAUUUUUAGAUAGUAUUGUGACUUCUCUUCUGUCUAGUUUAUCCGGCCGUACUUGGGAUGGUAAAGAGAGCAUCAUCUCUUGUGUUGCGACCGUAUUUGUGAAAUGUCAUACAAUGAUGGACGAUGCAGAUACCAAAGCAAUAGCUGGAGCUGUUUUGAAAGAAUGUCGAAAACAAAAACCGGCCUACAAAACCAGCGCCAUCAAAUGCCUUAGCAAAAUACUGGAAGAGAAAAAGGUGAUUGCUUUCAAAGAAGUGUACGAUGUUGUACAGCCAAUCGUGAGCCCUGUUAUCAAGAAGCCAGAUGAUGGCGAGGAAAAAGAUGAGGAUGAACAAAUCCCUGAUGCAAAUCUUGUCAUCAAUGCAUUUGAAUGCAUUGGUUCCGCCUGGCCAUCAGAGAGAGAACUCAAACUAGAACAGCGGGAAAUGAUUCUCAAAAUCCUUACUUCAUCUCUUAAAAAUCACCCGUGGAAAAUUCAACUUGCUAUUUUAGAAUCACUUGAUCGCUUCGUCGGGAAAGUGACAGCCAAUGAGGAUAUAGAAUUUCAAGGAAGAAUUGUAAGUGAAGUACUCACCGAACUAUUUCCAUGCCUUGAAAAUGUAAGAUAUGCUGCAAUCCGAUUGAAAAGUUUAGAAGUGUCAAAAACUUUGUUAUCACUGGUAGAGAAAAACAAACUUGAAAUGAGUGAUAGUCACAGAGAUCUGUUGAGAGAGUUGUAUCGACUUCUGGCCAUUUUGCGAAAUGAUAACAAUGAAAACGUCAAGAGUAAAUCAAUUGAACUUGAUUUGUUGCUGAAGAAGUUUAUCUAACACAUUCAAGAACCAAAUAAGUAUAACCAGCUAAUUCAAUGGGGGUUUAGUAUAAAACUCAGAAUGUAGGAAACCUACAUUCUCCAAAGGGCCCAGUGUGUUAUAGGAUAGUUGAUUGGUGGGGUUAAGAUAGUGAAAGAGGGACAAGUAAUAUUGGGCAUUAGAGGCAACAGUGUUUUUGUUAGACCAGGGAUUUUUCCCACUUCAAGGAUUUGAUUGUGCAAGUGGAAUCCAUAUUGUUUCUUUUAUUGUA